CACUGUUGGCAUAAGAAGUAACACAUUUCCUUUACCGGUCAAUAUGUGUGACUUUACUGUGGCGUUCAUGUGGCCAAAGAAUAGUAUUUCCGACAGCACAUGAAGGGGUCAUGAGAUGUCUAACCUCAUCGUUAAUCGUCUCAAACGGCAGCCAGCUGAGAGAAAGGGUAGAGAAGACAAGAUGGCGGCGUGAGUGGGUUGCGCUUUGUAUAGACGGCUGCGACCCUUGAAAUCUGUCGAAAACGCGCUUAAAGGACUGAAAAAGCAACAUUACUAUCGGAAGUGUAAUUAAAGCGGCUUCUUUCCCCCCACCCCAGAAGAGAGGAGGCUUGGAUAUUUUUUCUCGCGACGGUCUUUGCGAGAGUCUUAUCUUGAUGCUAACGCUAGCCUACGUUAGAUCUGAGUUGCUGCUUCUUUGAGGUAGCUGGGUUGUUGUUGAAGACCGUGAGCCCGUUCGCAGCUUUGGUGUAACAUUAUUUACUUAGACACUGACACGCAUUCAGUGUUUCUCGAUCCAGGUUUGAUUUUAACUAGGGUCAUUCGUAGCUGGUAGUCUAUGAAUAACACGAAUACAGGUCAAGAGAAGUCUAUUUUCCAUCCUGUUUUUUCGGUUCGUGGUCGAUAUUACUUGGAGUGACAGCUUGUCUAUAAUUAUCCUCACCAACAUUAACUGGACAGGACUCUGCAUGUUCUGCUGACAGUCGAGGUAGACUGCAACACAAUUUCUUUUAAGUGAAUCAAGUGGAAAUUGUCAUUUGGUGGACACUAUGGCGAGCAGCAGUGGCUCCAAAGCCGAAUUCAUUGUCGGUGGAAAAUACAAGCUUGUCAGAAAAAUUGGAUCGGGAUCUUUCGGCGACAUAUAUCUGGCCAUCAACAUCACAAAUGGAGAGGAGGUAGCUGUAAAAUUGGAGUCACAAAAAGCCAGACAUCCACAGUUGUUAUACGAGAGCAAGCUGUACAAAAUCUUACAAGGUGGUGUCGGGAUCCCACACAUCAGGUGGUAUGGCCAAGAGAAGGACUACAAUGUUCUAGUCAUGGACCUUCUUGGACCCAGUCUGGAGGACCUUUUCAACUUCUGCUCUCGCCGCUUCACUAUGAAGACGGUCCUUAUGCUGGCAGACCAGAUGAUCAGCAGAAUUGAGUAUGUACACACAAAGAACUUCAUCCACAGAGACAUCAAACCAGACAACUUUCUAAUGGGCAUUGGCCGUCACUGUAACAAGUGUUUAGACUCGUCAGUGGGGAAGAGGAAAAGAAGCUUGGCUGUUAGCUCUUCUCAGGACCCAUCUUUCUCAGGAUUAAACCAGUUGUUCCUUAUUGACUUCGGUUUGGCAAAGAAGUACCGAGACAACCGAACACGGCAGCACAUCCCCUACAGAGAAGACAAGAACCUGACUGGCACAGCGCGCUAUGCCUCCAUCAAUGCACAUUUGGGCAUUGAACAGAGUCGCCGUGAUGAUAUGGAAUCACUAGGCUACGUGCUGAUGUACUUCAACAGAACCAGUCUGCCGUGGCAGGGGUUAAAGGCUGCUACAAAAAAGCAGAAGUAUGAGAAGAUUUCAGAGAAGAAGAUGUCCACCCCUGUUGAGGUCCUCUGUAAGGGUUUCCCAGCUGAGUUUGCCAUGUAUCUGAACUACUGUCGUGGCUUGCGCUUUGAGGAGGCUCCAGAUUACAUGUAUCUGCGCCAGCUGUUCCGCAUCCUCUUCAGGACUCUGAACCACCAAUAUGACUACACAUUUGACUGGACCAUGCUGAAACAGAAAGCAGCCCAGCAGGGGGCCUCGUCCGGGGCCCAGGGCCAGCAGGCACAAACCCCCACAGGCAAGCAAACUGACAAACCCAAGCCUAACAUGAAAGGUUUCUGAGUGCUCUCUACCCAGAGCAGUGCUGCAGAAGUGUUGGUGACCAGGACCAACAAGCCUCUCUUCCUGGACAAGCGACAAAGAAAGUCUGCGUCUCUCCUUCCAUAAUAACUCUAUGUAAUGGAAAUGUAUAGAUUUACACAUGCCUUUGUCAGCUGUUUAUAUAUAUAUCUAUAUAUAGAUAUAUAUAUAAACUCUCCACACUGAAAGAAAAGCAGGUUUUUUGGAUGUGGAGGCUGUAGCCCCCUGUACCCACCCUAGGCACAGAUCCCUUCCUCAUCCAUCCAUCCCUGUCUUUGUCCUGCUCUGAGUGUUGACUUUUUUCUAAGGAUUUUGUUGAAGCUGAAGUUAAGUUAGUCAGCUGACUCCCUUUUCUCCCCCAGUGGAAACAUCUCAGCAACUCUUCCCCUUUUCACACCAUUAUAAUUUCACUCCUUCCUUUACCAAGCAAAUGUUAAAACAUUUAAACCUGAGAACUGUUAUCCCUUUUUCUUUUUGAAAUAAUUGAAUGAUGCAACCUUGGAUGUUAUUUACUAAAUCAAAUGUUGGAUUUUUUUUUUCUUUUUGUUUCCUAUGGUGAUUAGGAGUUUGCCUGUUGAAAAUAUAAGCAACUGAUGGCAACAAUUGUAGAAUGAUCCUCUGGCUCUCUCUCCCUCUCUCUUUAGAGCUCUGAAUUAUUAAAUCUGUUGUAAAACCUAUGGCAUUCUCCAAAAGAUACCAAUAAAAACUUUACAUAACUCAGA